GGACGAUGCACAUUCGAUGCAUCGCCGAUGCAUCGGCGAAGCGGCGCGAUCUUCCGACCCCAUCUGCUCCGACCCCAUCUAAGAGGCCUCCAGUCUCGGGGCGAUCGAAGUGGGUGCAAAUAGAGACGGCACGAAGACAGACCGCCGUGGUUAGCAGCUCGUGCGAUGGCUCAGUAUUCCUGCUGGCGAAGAAGGCCCUGCGCGCUGCCACGCUGGUCCCGGGCAGACAGCCGCCAGCGACUCCUGCAACUUGCGCCCGUACCACUUGUCUUCCUGGAGGCAGGAGCUCGAGCCAGGGCUUGUGGACGAGGCCACUGCCAACGCCGUCAAGAACCCGUUGGGAGCCACAUACCCAAAGCUGCACUUUGUGGAGGAGGACACGCUCGUGAUCGGGGACAUCACCGUGAACGACGCCAAGGAGUCCUGGGACAUCCCCGAGCUGGAAUCUGGAUCAGUCCGCGCAGGCCCGACCCGCACCAUCUUCCACGAGCCGUCCAAACAAAAGCGGCAAUCGUGACGUGCGGCGGCCUGUGUCCGGGCCUGAACUCCAUCAUACGGGAGGUGACAAACACCUUGUGGACUGAUUACGGCAUCCGGGACAUCGUUGGCUUGACGGGGGGGUACAACGGAUUGAGCGAUCCCGAGAACAACCCGCCAGUGGAGUUGACCAAGGAUUCCGUGAGCGAGAUCCACAUGAAGGGCGGAAGCAUAUUGAAGGCAGGGAGGGGCGGGCUGGACCUUCCAAAGAUCUGCGACAAUUUGAAAACGAUGGGGAUCAAUAUUCUUUUCGUCGUCGGGGGCGAUGGCACACAGUACGCAGGCAAUAUGCUUUACGAGGCUUGCAGGGAGCGCGACUUGCCUGUGAGCGUGAUUGGCGUCCCAAAAUCGAUCGACAACGACGUGUUGGUAUUUGACAAGACCUUUGGUUUUGAGUCGGCUGUUGUGUCGGCGUCCGAGACCGUGCGCAACGUCUGGGUGGAGGCCACCAGCUGCCAGAAGGGGGUAGGGAUUGUGAAGCUCAUGGGCCGAGACGCCGGGUUCGUGGCGAUGCACGCGGCGCUCGCCUCGACGAUCGCCGACGUCGUCCUGAUACCAGAGGUCUCCUUCAAGAUGGAGGACGUGUUGGAGCAUGUGGAGCGCACUUUGGACAGGAAGGGGUACUGCGUCGUGAUCGUCGCCGAGGGAGCGGGCCAGGAGCACGUCUCGACAGGGGAGAAGGACGCGACGGGUCACACCGUGUAUGGGGACAUUGGGACUUUCUUGAGGGACAAGGUCAACGAGUACUUCAAAGACAAAGGGGGCCGGAGUUUCUACAUCGACCCGUCCUACAUAAUCCGGUCCAUCCCAGUCAGGCCCAUCGACCACAUCUAUUGCAGCCAGCUCGCGAGAGGCGCCGCUCACGUCGCCAUGCGAGGCUACACCGGCGUGUGCGUCGGAGCACUCAACAGGAUCGAAGUGAUCAUCCCGUCGACGAUCAUCGCCAGGGGAAAGCGCCGCAUCGACACGAGAAGCUUCGAGUGGCAGUCCUGCGUGACGGCCUCCGGGAUGCCACCGUCGUUGGCCGGUUUCAAGGAUUGAGGCGUGCCGGCACGGGUUCGGUUCGUUGGGGUCGUGGGUCGCGGGGCGGCCGCCCGCGGUGACUGUCAUCACCGAUGGCAUCACGGAGGUGUGUGAAUACACGCGAGGCCAGUGCAGGAAUUGAUACCGGAGCGAUUGAGGAGAGGACGGAGG